CCAUCCCGCCCAUAUAACCUUCGUGUUUUAUUGGUUUUGCUGAUAAACAGUAAAAAUAUAAACAGAAAUUAAAAUAAUUAAUGUUAUUUCACUUAAAAUGAGUGUUGAAUUAACAGUAGAGACUGUGAGAUUGAUAUUGAAGAAGACAAUUGAUGAGCUGCAAACGGCAGAGAAUGUUGCAAAAUUGGAAGAAGCAAAGAGCACAGUGGGCAAUGAAAUGCUUAAGAUGAUGCAGUUACUGUUUCCUAUAGUAAUGCAAAUUCAGAUUGAUUCAUUAAAGCAGUUUGGUUACCCGGAGGGAAGGGAGACAACUAUUAAAUUUGCACAAGUGCUAAGGAACAUGGAAAGAGUGGAUCCAGAGAUUGCAAGGCUACAUAGUCUCAUAAAGGCAUACUACUUGCCUUCAGUUUCUGUAAAUGCAGCCAAUGAAACCUCAACUGUUGAAGACAGACUGAAUUGAAGAAAUAUCUAAUAUUAACUAAGCUUUACUCAAUAGUGAACUACUUGUGAAUACACAGAAAGACUGUAGUCAUAACAGAUAUAUUAUUAAUUAUAUAUGUAAUAAUAAAAAUGAAUAAAAGUGGUAAUGAAA